AGAAAACGGGAAGUUUGACUUGGAGGAAAAUAAGGAAGCUAACCGGCAGAGUUUCCUCUCGGUGUCAUAUCUACGCCUGUUUUGGGUAUUCUUCAAGGGUUUUAGGUCUUAUAAUUGUUAUUUUUGCAAGCUUAUAUGCUGGGGGACAUUUUUUUUUAUUUUUCAAACAUUUAAGUUUUUGUCAUGUUGUGUAGCUAAAUAGUUUAAGUUUAGUCAUAUUUUUGUUAUAGACAGGUAGUCAUGUCGCAGAGGACAGAGAAGUCACUUCAUGAAAACUACUGAGUAAGAUUUAAUAAAGAUUUAACGCCUAGCAUCCAGAUUUACUUAGGAACUGGAGCUGUUUCAGAAGAGUGGAAAUGUUGAACGUCCCGUCGCAAGCGUUCCCGGCACCCAAUUCACAGCAGCGGGUCUCUCAGUCAGCAAGAAACAAGGUGGCAUUGAAGCCGGGUUGUAGUCUAAUGGACUGGAUCAGGUUAACCAAGAGUGGCAAAGACUUGACUGGGUUCCGGGGAAGGCUCAUCGAGGUUACUGAGGAGGAGCUGCGGAAGCACAACACGCGAGACGAUUGCUGGACCUGCAUACGAGGUAUGGUCUACAACGUGAGUCCUUAUAUGCAGUUUCACCCCGGGGGGGAGGAUGAACUGCUGAAGGCGGCUGGUGUGGACGGCACUGACCUGUUCGAUCAGGUCCACAGAUGGGUGAACUACGAGUCUAUGCUAAAGGAGUGUCUGGUCGGGAGGAUGGCAGCCAAGCCCAGCACACUUAUACAUGGUUCUUCAAAUACACAGAAGAUUAACCCUUCUGUAAAUCGUUCAGGGAGGAGGAUGAUUGGGUUAUACCCCUCUUCCCCCAGCACACUUCUCGAAUCAAACCUGCCUUCUUCCCUGCUCCCCCCUCCAACCAAGGACCACUGUCCCAGAUUUGAUUGGUUUCAGACAGAUGUGACUGUCAAUAUCACGGUGUAUACAAAAUGUAAGAUUCCGACCUCAGGUAUCACUGUGGUCGACCUGCAGGGUGGCACUCUACGGGUUGAGGUAUUCCUUGGAAAGCUGUCAUAUCUGCUCCAUCUCCAGCUUUCUCAUGAAGUUCAGGAACAUCUUUCUGUUCAUACUGCUAGUGCAGUUGGAAGGGUGCAAGUCUGCAUGCACAAAGUUUCCAGUGGUCAGUGGGCCAAAUUGGGCGAGCCCUUGGAGUCCCAUGAUUCAUUUCUUCACAGGAAGGAUUGCGCCCUCUUUUACAGGAAGUGUGUGUUGGUGUCCAAAACACACGUCACACAUGACACCAGUGUGUUUCAUUUCCAAAUGCCACCUGGUACAGUCAUGCAGAUUCCAGUCGGUGAACAUGUCUACCUCAAAACUACCGUCAAAGGUAAUAAGGUUGUAAAACCAUACACUCCAGUAGACAAAAUACUGAUGCCUAAUUCACUGGAGUCUACUGAAGCCACUGCCGACGUCUUCCUCAUGAUAAAGGUCUAUCCAGAUGGAGUGUUCACACAACAUCUUUGUGGCCUGAAUAUAGGAGACUCACUGGCGAUCAGCAGUCCAAAUGGCUCCUUCAGUCUCCGCCCCCUGCAUGACAUCACUCACCUGUAUCUGCUCGCUGCCGGCACUGGCUUUACUCCCAUGGCAAGGCUCAUUCGUUUCACUCUUCACAAUGUUGGGAAUCUCAGGAACACCAAGCUGAUGUUCUUCAACCGACAGGAGAGUGAUAUCUUGUGGCGUUCAGAACUGGACCAGCUUGCUGAGAUGGAGGAAAAGUUUGAAGUGAAGCAUGUUCUCUCUGAGCCAUCUGAUGACUGGACAGGCUGUCGGGGCCGAAUCGAUGCUUCACUGCUGAUGGACUUCAUGAGCAGGCCAAAGGAGUCCAGGUGUUUUGUGUGCAUAUGCGGCCCCACACCGUUCACAAAACUGGCACGAGGGCUUGUGCAGCAGAUGGGAUAUUGUGAUGAAGAGAUCCACACAUUUUUAGGAUGAUGGGAUGAAGCUACUGGCCCCUACAGAAGUUUCUGCAGGGCGGAAUGUGUGAUUGUGGGUGAUUUUUAUUUGCAUAAUGAGUGUGUGGGUGUGUUUGUGUGUGUUUUUCCUCACUUUGCACUCUGGACAUCCAAAGUGUCUGAUGCUAGCUGGCCUCUCUCAGUAUCCACACCAGGGAGACUAUCCCCAGGGCCAGAGGAGAAGGUGCCGGACUCUCUCUCUAUCUCUGCUCUUUUGAUAAACUCAGGUUAAUGAUACCAAUGAUCAGACUAUGUGUACCUAACCAGCAGACUUUGAGAAUAUUUUAGCUCACUUUGACAUCUCACAUUGGGCUGGACACAACAUCAAGUAUGUUGGUGUGCUGUAUAAUGUUUGACACAUAUCUUACAUACCUUUUGUUUUGGAGUGUGAAGGAUAUAGGUGCUCAUAUGCUCAAGUUAGCUGUUAAUGGUCCCCACUUAACAUAAUGUAAAUCUGUAUAACAAUGAUGUUCCCAUAUUGAUUUGAAUGUCCAGUGAUAAUCCUGCCAUGAUGCUCAUGAUUACUUUUAUUUGGGGGGGAAAACAUACACUUUUCCUAUAAAUUCACCCAUGUACAAGCAAAAUCCAUGUCUGUUAUAACACCUGCCCAAUAAAUGCUUUACACGGUAGUGCAGUACUACAGAUUUAUAUGUAGUAUACAGAAUUGCACAGAUUUGGGGUACUGAAACAGAACUAUUUAAGUUGAUAUUGCCAUUUAAUUGUCCUUUAAUUUUGUACGGCUGAGUACCUUAGUACUGAAGAAAGAAAAUCACUAAUUAAAAAAAAACCCAUCUCAAUUUUUUGGGAAUUAUAUUGAGUAUAAAAGAAUAUGUGAGUUAAGGUCACAUUCUGCAAGUCCCUAAAAAGCCAAUUAAAUCAUGGCUAUGUUUUGGCUUACAUGACAAACUGGGAAGGAUUAUCCGACUGCCCAUCAUCUGGGGUAAAUUAACUACAGACUGCCAAGCUGCCAAGAAUUGCUUGUAUGACUCAUUGCUCUCCUAAGCCUUUUGUUAUAAUAUCACAUUGCUGAAAAUGACCUGCUCCUUUUGUCAGAAAUUGCCAGUCCCCCACGUUGUAAAUAAAUACUUGAAUGUGUGAAUCCUGUAAGAAAAUGGACUUGCUCUGUUGGGAUCAGCUGAUUCUGCUGUUGAAAAUACGCAGUUGAAAAUAAAUUAACAGAGAAAGCUUUGGAGCAGUAAAUCUAAUGCAUAUUC